UUUGAUUAGAAUUACAACACGCACAAUACAAUGCACAAAUUUCUUCACCUCUUUUUCUGUUAUACCUCUUCUGAAACUGAUAAUCUUUCUGCUACAUAAUAAUAACUAAUUAUUGUUUCAAUACUCGAUCUAACCACACAUCAUUCACCUCAAUUUCAAUUUCUGCUUAGAUCUGCCCUAAUUUCUUCAUAAUUCACAGAUAUGAAACGAUUACGAGAUGAUGUGUUUAGUAAUUCGCAAAUCAAGCGACCUUUUGCCUCUUCGCGUGGAGAAUCGUAUGGCCCAAUCCAAGUCCCUGGAGGAGCAGGCGGUGACGUGGCAGGAGGUGUAGGCGGCGGUGGUGGUGGCGGUGCUAGUAGUGCUCAGAAACUCACCACCACUGACGCUUUAACAUACUUAAAGGAAGUUAAGGACAUGUUCCAAGACCAGAGAGAAAAGUACGACUUGUUUCUUGAUGUUAUGAAAGAUUUUAAAGCUCAAAGAAUCGAUACUACUGGGGUGAUUGCAAGAGUGAAAAGUUUGUUCAAAGGACACAAUAAUCUUAUUUUUGGGUUCAAUACUUUCUUGCCCAAAGGCUAUGAAAUUACUGUUAUUGAGGAUGACGAGCCUCCACCGAAGAAAACCGUCGAGUUUGAUGAAGCUAUAAGCUUUGUAAACAAAAUAAAGAGACGUUUUCAAAACGAUGAUCGUGUUUACAAAUCGUUUUUAGAUAUCUUGAAUAUGUAUAGAAGGGAACACAAGGGUAUCAAUGAAGUCUACCAAGAGGUUGCUACUCUUUUUUAUGAUCAUCCUGAUCUUCUUGAUGAGUUCACAAGAUUCUUGCCAGAUGCUUCUGCUGCUGCAUCCGCACAUCAUUCUUCAUUUCUCAGGCAAUCGUAUAAUCGUUAUGAUGAACGGAGCUUGGCUAUGGCCCCACGUAGACAUACACAAAUAGAUAAACAACGAGGGCGGCGGGACCCAAGUGGUGAAGGUCUUGAAAUGGACGAUGAUAAAACAAUGAUCAAGAGGAAAAAGGAGAGCAGGGAUAGAAGAAUUCGCGAUCAGGAUUUCAAAGAUUCAGAUAUCGAUCAUCGUUUAGAAAAACGAAAAUCAGCACGAAAAGUCGAAGAUUUUGGAGUGCACUCGGGUUUGGAUCCAUAUGAUGAUAAAGAUGCCCUAAAAAGUUUGUACUGCCAAGAGUUUACUUUCUGUGAGAAAGUGAAAGAUAGGCUACGUAAUGCAGAUGAUUAUCAAGCUUUCUUGAAGUGUCUACACAUUUAUAGCACAGAAAUAAUUACAAGAAAAGAAUUACAGAGCCUGGUUUCUGAUUUACUUGGAAAGCACCCAGAUCUUAUGGAAGGUUUCAGUGCAUUUUUGGAGCGUUGUGAAAAUAUAGAUGGAUUCCUUGCCGGUGUGAUGGACAAAAAAGCUUUGUGGAACGAAGGGCAUGCAUCAAAGUCAACUAAAACAGAGGAAAAAGAACGGGAGCAUAGACGUGAAGUUUAUGCAUCUAAAGAAGACAUGAACAAAGAGAAAUAUUGGGGGAAAUCUAUACAAGAACUUGAUCUUUCUAAUUGCCAGCGGUGCACUCCCAGUUACAGGCUUCUUCCUGAUGAUUAUCCGAUCCCGUCUGUCAGCCAGAGAUCAGAACUUGGUUCUCAAGUGCUUAAUGAAGUGUGGGUGUCUGUAACCUCUGGCAGUGAGGAUUAUUCUUUCAAACAUAUGCGUAGAAACCAGUAUGAAGAAAGUUUGUUCAGAUGUGAGGAUGACAGGUUUGAGCUGGAUAUGUUGUUGGAGUCAGUGAGUGCUACUGCUAAACGGGCUGAAGACUUAUUAAACAACAUUAACAACAAGUCAAUCAGUACAGAUGUUCCUAUCCGUAUCGAGGAACAUUUCACAGCUCUUGAUUUAAGGUGUAUUGAACGUUUAUAUGGUGAUCAUGGUCUCGAUGUGAUGGAUAUAUUACGAAGAAAUCCGUCUCUCGCAUUGCCCAUUAUAUUGACCCGUUUGAAACAAAAACAAGAGGACUGGACAAAAUGUCGAUCAGAUUUUAACAAGGUUUGGGCUGAAAUUUAUGCAAAGAAUCAUUACAAGUCACUUGACCACCGUAGCUUCUAUUUUAAGCAACAAGAUUCAAAGAAUCUCAGCACGAAAUCUUUGGUGACGGAAAUCAAAGAAAUAAAGGAAAAAAACCAGAAAGACAGUGAUCUGCUAAUGAGUAUUGCUGCUGGAAGUAGACACUAUGUUGUGCCAAAUCUUGAAUUUGAAUUCACGGACAACGAGAUUCACCAAGACUUAUUAAAACUAAUUAAAUAUUCAUGCGAAGAGGUUUGCACGACCAAGGAACAACUGAAUAAAGUUGUAAGGUUAUGGACAACAUUCUUGGAGCCAUUGUUGUGUCUUCCUUCUCGUCCUCACGUUUCGGUCCUUUCGGACGGUGCUGAAGAUGCUGAGACAUCCACACAUGCACCGGAGGUUAAUGGAAUUCCCAUUGCUGCUGAUGAUGUUAAGCAAUCAAAACCGGUGGCUUGCAAUGGGGAUCAAAACGGUUUGCCAGAUCAAGUCGAUUCAAGCAAAAAUGGUUUGACUUAUGGAGAUGCGUUGACCAAGGAAGAUGGGUCUAGACCAGAGAGAGACUCUAGUCCAGCCAUAAGUAUGUCUGGGCGUGAAGCAAGUACUUCUAGACCUAAUAACGUUACCGAAGACGUUGUUGAAGCCAAGUCUAAGAUCAACAAAGUUUCUUCAUCACAGCAUAGGGACCUCCCAAAUGGUGGUCCUUCCGAGCCUUCCAAAAUUGAGAAAGAAGAAGGCGAGUUAUCACCUAAUAAUGAUUUUGAUGAAGUUAAUUACACUGCCACAAAGCAUAGUGGAGAUGCUGAUGAUGAUGACAGUGUGAAUGCCUCUGAGGGUGCUGACGUGUCAGGCAGUGAGUCAGCUGCUGACGAGUGCUCUAGGGAAGAUCAUGAAGAAGAUGGUGAUCGUGAUGAUCUUGAAGGUAAAGCAGAAAGUGAAGGAGAGGCAGAAGGAAUAGAUGAUGCAAAUUUUAUUGGUGGUGAUGCGACUUCUUUGCCGCCAGCUGAGCAGUUUUUGCUGUCGGCAAAACCGUUGGCAAAACUUGUAAUAAAAGAUUCUCCUUUACUUGAUGCUGAAAGUAAAGAUUCUCAUGUGUUUUAUGGAAAUGAUAACUUUUACAUCCUCUUCAGGCUUCAUCAAGUAUUAUACGACAGGCUGUUGUCAGCUAAACUCAGUUCUGCAUCUGCUGAAAUGAAGUGGAAAACUUCAAAGGAUACUACCCCUCCUGAUCUGUACUCAAGAUUUAUGGCUGCUCUGUAUAAUUUACUUGACGGUUCUGCUGAUAAUGCCAAGUUUGAAGACGAUUGUCGGGCCAUUUUAGGAAAUCAGUCUUACGUGUUAUUUACAUUGGACAAGUUGAUCUAUAAGCUUGUGAAACAGCUCCAAAUUGUUGUGGGUGAUGAGAUGGACAACAAACUUCUUCAACUAUACGAGUAUGAAAAAUCUAGGAAACCUGAGAAGUUUGUUGAUUCUGUGUAUUAUGAAAAUGCACAUGUUCUUCUUCAUGAUGAGAAUAUAUACAGAUUCCAAUGUUCAUCUGGUCCAUCUCGGUUAACCAUCCAACUGAUGGAUGAUGGGAAUGAAAAGGCUGAAGUGGUUGCAGUCUCUAUGGAUCCUAGUUUUGCAGCUUACGUUCAUAACGAGUAUCUUUCAGUAUCGACCGAAAGAAAGCAAUCCGGCAUCUUGAUGCAGAGAAAUAAACGUCGAUUUUCAGACCUAGAUGAAUCUUCUGCCAUAUCAUCCGUCAUGGAAGGUGUUCAUAUGGUGAACGGGUUGGAGUAUAAGAUGUCUUGUAGCUCGUCCAAGAUAUCCUAUGUUCUCGACACAGAAGACUACUUCUCUCGUGUGAGAAGAAAAAGAAAGUCACCAGCAGAUCGAUUAUCAUCAUCCCAUAAUAAGGCAAAAGUAGAACAGUUUCACAGAUUCCUAUCUGCAGCCACAGUUUAGGGUUUUCUUCAUAAACUUCAAGAAAUGUAGCCUAGAAUAACUGGUACCUGACUGAUGGUCAAGAAACAGGAGAAAGGAAAUGUAAACAAGUGUGUGAAGUUUAUAUAAUAUAGGUACAAUUGAUUGGGUCAGUUGUGUAAAUAGAGGUUGUUGUGUUUACUCAAAUUUAACUGUGUCAAAAUGUUGUUUUGCAACACAAAGUUAAUAGUGUUUGUAACAUUACAGUCUCCAUAGAAGGAUGUUUUGUAGAGUAUAAUUGUGGUUGUAACCGAUGAUUUGGCGUGAAGCCCGGGGACUAUCCGAGAUUAGACUGCUAUCACUCCAAAUCAAUAUCAAAAUCCUUACUUUUUCAUUUAACCUACCAUUA